AAAUGGGGGACUGUUACUCCGUGGACAGGGCCAUCACUCACCUCAACAACAACUUCCUUUUCGGACAGAAGCUCAACGUUUGUGUGUCGAAGCAGCAGGCUAUUGUGCCAGGGCAGUGCUACCAGUUAGAGGACAACACUAGCAGCUUCAAAGAUUUCCAUGGAUCCCGCAACAACCGCUUCACUUCACCGGAGCAGGCGGCUAAAAACCGAAUCCAGCACCCCAGCAACGUCCUACACUUCUUUAACGCACAGCCCGAUAUUUCUGCAGAGAUCUUCAACCAGGUCUGUGAAGAACUCGGUAUCAAGAGCCCCACAAGUGUGAAGCUUUUCACCGGAAAGAGUGAGCGAAGUUCAUCUGGUCUGCUUGAGUGGGAAUCCAUAAAUGAUGCCAUGGAAGCUCUAGCUUUGAUGAACCAUUAUCAGAUGAAAAACCCUAGUGGGCCUUACCCUUACACACUGAAGCUGUGUUUCUCAACCACACACCAUGCCAACUAAAUACUCUCCUCAAACUAUUUGUAACGUUUUGUGUCUUUGCAUUGAGUAUACCGCAGUUCUGUUGUCACGUACCAUUAAAACAAUAUUGACAAAAACUAAGAUUAAUGUGCUUUAGAAAAGUUACUUAAAUUAUACGUUUUUUUAAUGAUUUAUUUUAAUUUUACAAAGUUUUUCAAUCAGUUGUUUAUUUUGUAUGUUCCCAACACUAGAUCUGAACACCACCACCCCCAAGUUUUUGGUUUCUAAAUAAAGUGAACAGUAACUAUAA